CAGGCGCAGGAUGAGAAAAAGCAGCCCGACGCGCCCGUCAACGCACCUGAUGCACAACGUACGUGCCGUUGACGACGCGCACGGCUCACGCACGUUAGCGCGCGGCGUCAAUCGAUGGCGCGUCAGAGAGGCGGAAUCGUCUCUCUCGCAGCAGCGAACACCGGUUUUGAACGCGCACACCGUGCAUACACCGCUGUGUCGGUGCCGCCGCCGCCGCCGCGGUUUUCAAGCACAGCAGCGACUUAUCAUGGCGGCGGGAUUUUUUUUAGUAGCGUAGUGUCGGGGUAUCUCGGUUUAUACUGUUGUGCGUGACGCUCACUCGUGCCGAGGAAUUCGCACGAACCCGAGCACAACGCGCGCAUCCGCGGCCGACGGCGAAGUGUUACGUGGGUCCGCUUUCUGUGCCGUGUGAAAGACGAGCCUGGGCACGCCGAUAAGCAACCAGCCAUACAUCAAGAUGAACAAACGUCGUAGAACAUCGUCGGUCGCCAGCCGCGGCACUGAAGACGACGGCGACGAUAUUCCACCGGAACCCACGAAGAGGAGGAAAAAAUUAGAUCCUAGUGACUUGUGCCAACAGUUGUACGAUGUGCUGCGUAAUCAGAAGAAAGAGGAUGGUACCUUGCUGUGUGAUGCAUUUAUACGUGUGCCUAAACGUAGGCAAGAACCAGGAUACUAUGAAGUCGUAUCUAAUCCUAUCGAUCUCCUGAAAGUACAGCAGAAACUGAAAACUGACGAAUAUCGUGAUAUGGAUGAUUUAGCUGCUGAUAUUCAACUUAUGGUCAAUAAUGCGAAAGCUUUUUACAUGCGUACAUCUCCUGAGUAUAAAGAUGCGACUGAACUGUGGGAAUUGUGUGUGAAUACUAAAAAUCGUAUUACAGAAGAAUAUGAAGACCCAGAACCUAAAGGAAAGCUUAUCCUAAAAGUUGGAAGAUUGGCACGUAAAACGACAACGAGGCAGGAUGAUGCAGAAGAUACUUCUGAAAGUUCAACGAAUCUCGAUGAAGAAACUAUGCAGCUCUUUGAAGAUUUGUUCGCAGCAGUUAUGACAGCGACUGAUCCUAUGGACAAUAACAGGCCUCUUCACACUAUGUUUCAACUCAAACCCUCCAAAAAGCUUUAUCCAGAAUAUUACGAUGUCAUCGAAACACCAGUGGACUUGAAGACUGUCGCGCGAAGAAUUCAAGAAGGCGCGUACAGCUCCAUCGGCGAUAUGGAGAAAGAUUUAAUGCUUAUGUGCCGUAACGCCUGUCAAUUUAACGAGCCAGGCUCGCAAAUUUACAAAGAUGCCAAACUCUUGAAGAAAAUAAUCACCGCAGCUGCAAAAAGGCAAGACAGCGGAUUAGGAAGUAAUACACCUAAGAUCGCUACAACCGCGCCUUCGACGAGAAGUAAAAGAGGCAGUCGUAGCAUGGCACAAUCGUUGAUAGCACAUACAGCGGCGCUAGUCGACGAAGAUGAUGAAAGUGAUGACGAAGAUGAAGAACUCGCCGAGAGCGAAGAUCCUGAUAACCCUCAAUGGCAACUAUUUCAAACCAUUCGAACAGCUCCCAAUAAUCAAGGUCUACGAAUAAGCGAAUAUUUUUGGAAACUUCCGCCAAAAAGAUCAUAUCCUGACUACUAUAAGACGAUAAAAAAUCCUAUAUGUUUACUACAAAUACAUACAAAAAUAAAGAAAGGUGAAUAUGGUACCGUUAGUGAAGUAGCUGGAGACAUGAAUAUCAUGUUUGAAAAUGCUAAAAAAUAUAACGUACACACAUCUCGGCUGUAUAAGAGUGCUGUUAAGUUGCAGAAGAUAAUGCAAGAGAAAGUACAGGAGCUUCUAGAAUUCGAUCAGGAUUCCGAUUCGGAUAGCGAAUCGGAGAAUAGCUCGCAACAACCUAAGUUAAUCAAACGCGCUUCAAAUUUAUUAACACGUGGAAAAUACAAGGACAAUAUACCGCUAAAGAAGAGAUUAUACGCAUUAGUCAAGUGUGUCAUAGAAUACUGCGAAGAUGGUCGGCAACCCAUGUUGAUGUUCAUGGAAAAACCUUCCAAGAAAUUAUAUCCAGAUUAUUAUCAAGUGAUAGCUGAACCCAUAGACAUGCUGGCGAUCGAAGCCAACAUUAAAGCGGAGAAAUAUCAAAAUGAGAGUGAAUUAAUACAAGAUUUUAAGUUGAUGUUUAAUAAUUGCCGCCAAUACAACGAAGAAGGUUCAUUGAUUUACGAAGAUGCGAAUACUUUGGAGAAAGUUUUGAUGGACAAAGUGAAGGAAUUGGGACCCUUGCCAGAUACUCCCAAGUCCAAAUCCACCGCAUCGACACCAACUAGAAACGUCGGGAGACCGAAGAAAGUAGUGCCGCUUCAUUUGCAAAAAUUAAAAACUCUAUACGACACCAUAAAAGAUUAUCAUGACACGAAAGGGAGGCAAUUGUCCCUAAUUUUCAUGAAGUUACCGAAUAAAAAUGAAUAUCCGGAUUAUUAUGAAGUGAUCAAGCAACCUAUACAUAUGGAGAAGAUAGCUGCCACUUUAAAAAAUAACGGAUAUGAGAAUUUGGAUGAAUUAGUAUCCGAUUUUAUAUUAAUGUUUGACAACGCUUGCAAAUAUAACGAGCCGGACUCGCAGAUAUACAAGGACGCUUUAAUAUUACAAAGAUUAGUGUUGCAAAGUAAACUGCAGCUGAGUGAGGAUGAGGAAAGCAUCCCAGAUGUGCCAGCUGCUGUGCAAGAGAUAUUAGCAACGAUAUUUACAGCUCUUUAUAAUCAUCAAGAUGAAGAAGGGAGAUGUUACUCAGAUUCUAUGGCAGAACUUCCAGAACAUGAUAUCGUCGAUGGAAAGAAAGUACGAGGUUUGUCACUGGACUUGAUUAAGAGGAGACUGGAUCGAGGAGUAUACAAGAGACUAGAUAGAUUCCAAGAAGAUGUUUUUACAUGUCUGGAGAGAGCCCGCAGGUUAUCGCGUACAGAUUCACAGCCAUUUGAAGACAGUGUGGAACUUCAGACAUUCUUUUUGCGUACACGCGAUGAGGCAACUCAGAGAGGACACUUGUUGCAUUCGCCUGCAUUGGGUUACACACUUCUUGAAUUGUCUGCUCAGGUUGCAGAACUUAAGAGAAUAAAACAACAACAGGAAUUAAAUCUUCCUAAUGAAGAUGAAAGCUGUGAUGGAAAUGAAACAAAGGACUCUGAAACAAAUACAAAUACGGAAGGAAACAAUAGCGAUAACGGAGGAUCCAUGAGUUUUAACCAAGAAGUAUAUAGAGCUGGCGACUUUGCGUAUGUCGAACCAACGGAACGAGGCAUGGAGUUCGGCGUGGUUCUCAUAGAAAGGCUUUGGACCAAUGCGGAGGGUCAGCAAAUGUUGUACGGAAAUUUGUUUUACAGACCGAGCGAAACAUACCACGUAGCUUCGCGGAAGUUUCUCGAUAAGGAAUUAUUCAAAAGCGACGCUCAUGUGGCGUUACCUCUAAUAAAGGUAGCUGGCAGAUGUUGCGUUUUGAGUGUAAAGGAUUACUUUCGCAUGCAACCCGAGGGAUUCCUGGAAAAGGACGUUUAUGUGUGCGAGUCGCGUUACUCUACGAAAGCCAGAGCUUUCAAGAAAAUCAAAGUCUGGAAUUUUGAUCCCGAUCAUUUGAAGCUGAUCCCAAGAGAAAAGACAUUAGAACCGAAACGAGUAAUUUCUGUAUAUAAAGAACGAUUGGAGAAGCAUAAGGAAGAAAUUGCCGAGUUGGAGGAGGGGGAAAAAUUAAUGGAGAAAGAGAAACCGAAUGUGAUACUAAAAAAUUCGGAAGAUACCGACAAUAUAUAUUACGAACAGUACAACACAUGUGUGGGAUCUGUGAGAGUCGGUGAUUUCGUUUAUGUAGCGACAGAUGGGGGCAGGCAGCAGAUAACGCAAAUCUAUGCUAUGUGGUUAGCCAAGGAUGCAAAGUGCUAUUUCAAAGGUCCAUGGUUAUUGAUGCCUACAGAAGUGCCACAUACACCUACAAAAUUAUUUUAUAAGCAAGAACUGUUUCUAUCCAAUGUAGACGGUACUCACCCUAUUGUUGCUAUUGUUGGAAAAUGUGCCGUCCUUGAUUAUGGAGAUUAUAUAUGCAGCAGACCAACAGAAAUACCCGAAGAUGACGUGUACAUCUGUGAAUCGCUAUACGACGAAAGUAAAAACUUGAUGAAGAAGCUUAGUCAGGAAGGUUUGAAGAAAUUCAAUUAUUCGUUGGGAGUGACGGAGGACGAGACCUAUUACUUCCGGAGGUCCAUCAAUCCUGCCAAAGUUUCGAGCGACGUGGCUCAGACGCAAAAUCAAGUCAAGUCCGUCACGCCCAGCUCGGCCCCAUUUGAGAUGGAAGCAUCACCAUUGUUACCGAAGCUGGAACCCGAUGUACUAAGCAUGGGGGUAGGAUUAGGAGUAGGAGUGGGAGUAGGAGUUGGGGAAGACAGCAUGGAUGCUGGUGGUCCACCAUCCGUUGGAUCUACAGAAGCUCAACCGGUGCUCUCCAAUACUCAAACUCCUGUGUCGACUAAGAAGAAAACGGCGGGUAAGAAAUUAGUUACGGGCUAUAUUUUGUAUUCGAGUAAAAUGCGAACGCAGAUUACACAAAACAAUCCUGAAUCGUCCUUCGGAGAGAUUAGCAGAAUUGUUGGCAACGAGUGGAGGAAAUUACCAGCCGGAGAGAAGCAAGCCUGGGAGGAGCGAGCGAUCAAGAUGAACGAGGAUGGAGGACAGCUGAAGGGGACGGCGGUAUCGGUAGGCACGAACUCUACGCAGGACGUAGUAUACGAAUGUUGUUGGGACAAUUGCGACUGGCAGUUCGAGGACAUGACCGAUUGCAUCGAUCACUGCAUCGCGGAACAAAACGGUCAUGUACAGUCGUCAUUUGUGAACGCUCCUAGCGAUGUGGAGUUUCAAUGUCAGUGGCGUGGCUGCGGUCGUACGAAGAAGACCGUUCCGCCAUUUCCAAGCGUACAGAGACUCGCCAGACACGUGAAGGAAGUGCACAUUCUAAAGUCACACGGCCGUAUAAUACCUCCCUCCGAGAGAAGCAAAAAUUACAUGGCUUCAAAAGGGCCGACGGUAUUACCACCGAUGGAAACAGAAACUUCAGCCGCAGCUACUCAGACAAGCAACGUACCUGUCGCUAAGCAGCCGGAGCCAAUGUUCGUUGCGGUACCACCGAGACCAAGUCGCGUGUUACAUUCGGAUGCCUAUUUAAGGUACAUCGAAGGACUAAACGUAGAGAACCGUUACAUAUCAAAUUGGGAUAAGCAAAUGAACGCUAAUCCGGAUAACACGCAAAUCCCGGACGUGACGAAAUUGCCUGCCGAAUGGCUGGGCAACGGCGUCGGCAACCAUGGUAAUGUGGUGAAUGCUUUGUGGACACUAAGAAACAUGAUGAUGCGGGAUGUGUUAGCCAUCAAUAAAACUUUAUAGUUUAUAAACUGUUAAGAUCUUACAAAUUUUUUUUCUAAUGCGCUUGCGAUGCCACUUAUACUUUGAUAAUUCAGACAAGUCCGUUGAUGCUAGAUGAAAGACUGAAGAUAUUCAAUCUUUUGAAUGUAAGGAUAUUUAUGUCUACGGAUUUAGAAUCCGUUUUGUUUGUUUUGUAUUCCUAUCGUAUAUUAUUUUCUUUUCUUUUAAUUUAACGAUGCAAUAAACCCAAUUGUGGGAGAGUUUAGCUAGUUUAUUUUGCAAAUUGACUUUGUUUGUGAUGUUUAGUUUUUCAUAUUCGGAUUUUUCCAAGUUUAAUAAAAGGUUUGAAAAAAGAACAUUUUUUUAUUUGGUUAUCAAGGAAAUUAAUAUUCUUCAAAAAUUCUAUCGUAUAUCGCUUAAAUAUGCGACGUGUGUAUAUAAGAAAAAUUUAGUACAUAAAAAGGAUCAUUAUCAUGUAAAUAUGUCUGCUGAUCUUCGUUUUUACUUUUCGAAUGAAAUUUUAUACUUUCCGUAUAGCGCAGUGGUACAUAUUCUUGUAUUAAGAGACGCAACAGUUGAAACAUUUCCUGUGCUGUAUUAGAAGCGUAAUGGGAAAGUUGUAUAUAGAAAAUUACAAUAAUCUGCGAAGCGGUCUAUCGAUAGUGCGAUAAACACAUCGCUUUAUUUUAUGAGUACCGCUGUAAUAUUUUCAGAGGAUAUCGAAGGUAUAGCGAGAUUAAUCAAACGAUCUAUUUGCUAUUGUCCCAAUAGCUAUAAAGGGAAUGAAAUUCUACGGCGUAUCUUCUACAAUGUAACAUCUCGUAGUACAUUAUUUUGUUAAGAAUUUUCGACAUCGUCACAGAAAAAUUUUCGAAACAUUGCAAAUACAAAAUGAAAUUUUUACUACACUGAAAAUUGUGUAUAUACAUUUUCUUGUUAUGAUACGUUUGUAGAAUUAGCAGUGCUCUUUUUCUACACGAACGGCUUAGUAUCAGCGCUAAAAACUCAUUAUGUUUUAGCUAAAUAAAAAUUUCGUUGCUAUUGUAUCUUGCAGAGUCUCAGUACACUACAUAUUUUUAUACAUGUAACAUACCGAUGAUCUGUAUAAUGUAAGCUUUUUGUGUAGAUUAACAUAGUGAGAGUUGGACUUUCUGGAAAAAAGUCAAGUUGGAAUUAAUGCCAAACACAUUAAUAAAUUUAUAGGUAUUUGCAAAAACUAA